GAGCGCCCGCGCCUGGAGCCCUGACUCUAUGGCCCCCGGGGAGUGCGCCAGAGCCGCCGCGCCGCCCACCACCAGCCGGAACCCAAGCGCCAGCGGGAGGAGGAGGGGAGCCCCGGGCGCCACCGGCCCCGGCCCAGGGGCCCGCUUGCGGCCCCCGCCCCCGCUGCGGGGCAUGGGAGGCAGGUAGCCGGCUCGUGCUAGGACACCUGCGGCGGGCAGGACCCGCCUAGUACCGCGAAGCCCACAGCCCGGGAAGAGAGCAGCGGCCCGCCCGCCCCCGGCCGCAGCCCCACCAGGGCCCUCCCCUGGCGGCACGCACCCGUGCGCGCACACCCCGCACAGAAGACCUCCGCUCCCGCCCGGCCUCGCCGGCCUCCGCGAGCACAGAUCCCUUUGGGGCCUGAUGCCAUGGGUAACAACUUCUCCAGUAUCCCCUCUCUGCCCCGAGGAAACCCGAGCCGGGCACCGCGGGGCCACCCGCAGAACCUUAAAGACUCCAUCGGGGGCCCUUUCCCGGUCAACCCUCAUCGAUGCCACCACAAGCAGAAGCACUGCCUGCCGGUGCUGCCUGGUGGUGGCCUCCCGGCCACCCCGCUGCUCUUCCACCCGCACACCAAGGGCUCCCAGAUCCUCAUGGACCUCAGCCACAAGGCCGUCAAGAGGCAGGCCAGCUUCUGCAACGCCAUCACCUUCAGCAACCGCCCGGUCCUCAUCUACGAGCAAGUCAGGCUGAAGAUCACCAAGAAGCAGUGCUGCUGGAGCGGGGCCCUACGGCUGGGCUUCACCAGCAAGGACCCGUCCCGCAUCCACCCUGACUCGCUCCCCAAGUACGCCUGCCCUGACCUGGUGUCCCAGAGUGGUUUCUGGGCCAAGGCGCUGCCCGAGGAGUUUGCCAAUGAGGGCAACAUCAUCGCUUUCUGGGUGGACAAGAAGGGCCGUGUCUUCCACCGCAUCAACGACUCUGCCGUCAUGCUCUUCUUCAGUGGAGUCUGCACGGCGGACCCGCUGUGGGCCCUGGUGGAUGUCUAUGGCCUCACGCGGGGUGUCCAGCUGCUCGACAGCGAGCUGGUGCUCCCGGACUGCCUGCGGCCGCGCUCCUUCACCGCACUACGGAGGCCGUCGCUGCGGCGCGAGGCUGACGAGGCGCGUCUCUCGGUGAGCCUGUGCGACCUCAACCUGCCGGGCGCCGACGGCGACGAGGGGACGCCGGCCGCCGGCUGCCCCAUCCCGCAGAACUCGCUCAACUCGCAGCACAGCCGCGCGCUGCCGGCGCAGCUCGACGGCGACCUCCGCUUCCACGCGCUGCGCGCCGGCGCGCACGUCCGCAUCCUAGACGAGCAGACCGUGGCCCGCCUGGAGCACGGGCGCGAUGACCGCGCGCUCGUCUUCACCAGCCGGCCGGUGCGCGUGGCCGAGACCAUCUUCAUCAAGGUCACGCGCUCCGGCGGCGCUCGGCCGGGCGCGCUGUCGGUGGGCGUCACCACGUGCGACCCCAGCUCGCUGCGGCCGGCGGACCUGCCCUUCAGCCCCGAGGCCCUCGUGGACCGCAAGGAGUUCUGGGCCGUGUGCCGCGUGCCCGGGCCCCUGCACAGUGGCGACAUCCUGGGCCUGGUGGUCAACGCCGACGGGGAGCUGCACCUCAGCCACAACGGUGCGGCCGGCGGCAUGCAGCUGUGCGUGGACGCCUCGCAGCCACUCUGGAUGCUCUUCGGCCUGCACGGGGCUGUCACGCAGAUCCGCAUACUCGGUUCCACCAUCCUGGCAGAGCGGGGUGUCCCAUCACUUCCCUGUUCCCCUGCCUCCACACCAACCUCGCCCAGCGCCCUGGGCAGCCGCCUCUCCGACCCCUUGCUCAGCACAUGCAGCUCUGGACCUCUGGGGAGCUCUGCUGGUGGGACAACUCCCAACUCACCAGUAAGCCUGCCUGAGUCGCCAUUGACCCCAGGCCUGGGCCAGUGGAGCGAUGAGUGCACCAUCUGCUAUGAACACGCGGUGGAUACGGUCAUCUACACAUGUGGUCACAUGUGCCUCUGCUACGCCUGUGGCCUGCGUCUCAAGAAGGCCUUGCACGCCUGUUGCCCCAUCUGUCGCCGCCCCAUCAAGGACAUCAUCAAGACCUACCGCAGCUCCUAGCCCACGGUGGCGGCUCAUCCCGCACGCCCAGCAGGGCCCUUUCUC